AUGAGCACAGCCAGUCACCCGCCUGGCAGUUUUGGCUCGCCCGAUUUCCGAGCUUCCGUCGGUACCAGUAGCACUGCAAUCGACACAGGUGCUUCGCGAUUGAGGGCCCCACGGUCUCUCCCUCCAUGGAUCGAUUCCUACGAGACACGAUACGGCCAGGCCACAGAAGACCAGCUGCGAUUGCUCUCACCCCCGGCGCCGGCCGUUCCUCCUCAGCACAAUCAUGCGCCCGCCGAACCCGAUCGUCGAGUAUCCCGAGAUGGCUACGUUGACCUCGCCGGCGACCCGUUCCUAGAGAACUCUCGCACGCGCCCGAAAAUCAAACUCACAGACGUCUUCAGAGGCAAAGGAGCACAGCACGGAAGAAAAUGGGACCACUUGCGGACCGCAGAUCCCGUCAUCGUCUCGAAGCACCGAGCAGCGACACAAGGCCCGCCCGCCGCAUGGCGAGACUUCCUUCAAUCCUCGACAUAUGGGCACAUGGAGGGCGAGGAGUCGGAAGUUGUGGACGUAUCAGUGCUGGAUAAGUUGCAGCCUGACUUCAACAAGCGCUAUGACGAAACGAUGCAUCGAGACGUGGAGAGUAAGACCUCAAGGAGGAAACAGUCCAAGACCAUCUGGAAGAGGCUGUGGUCCAUGGUAUUACGACACUACCUGAUCCCUCUCACCUUCCGACUCACGGUCAUGGUUACAUCGAUUAUUGCUCUUGCGAUUGCAGCUCGUAUUUAUAAGGUAGAGAAUGCCAAGAGCGGAUCGAGUCCUGAACGUGCACAAAGCAUUGUGGCCAUUGCAGUCGAUACGGUCGCACUGCCUUACAUCGGCUACAUGCUCUGGGACGAGUACACAGGCAAGCCUCUGGGUCUUCGCCCGGCUGUGCAGAAGAUCUCCCUAAUUCUGCUGGACCUCUUCUUCAUCAUAUUCAAAUCCGCCAAGCAGCACCCCGCUCCCCGCGAAACCUCCUGUCGACUACCUCCCGUCGGCCAACAUCUUAUCCCCACCAUCAACGGCCACGACGGCCUCGCCACAUUCUUCUGCCGAACAAGAUACACGACGACUACGGAUACGAUUCGAGACCCUCGGGUGUUGACAGUAGAGAAGAUGGCGCCCACAGUUCAGCAGAUGCCUCCGGUUCCCAACAGGGAGGACAUCGGAGCAACAUGGAAAUAUCUCGAGGCCGGGAUCCAGCGUAUCAUGCUGGAUCUCGAGCGCGGUAUUGACAUGCAGAUCUACAUGGGAGUAUAUACUGCCGUCCACAACUUUUGUACAUCUCAGAAGGCCGUUGGGCUCUCAGUGCCUCAAGGAAGUAUUGGUUCUGGCAAUCACAGAGGAGCCCACCUCCUUGGCGAGGAACUUUACAAUAAGCUCAUCGAAUAUCUCAAGUCCCACCUCGAAGGACUCGUCCAGCAAUCCAAGACACACACCGACGAGGCUCUCCUGACAUUCUACAUCAAAGAAUGGAACAGAUACACGGUCGCCGCCAAAUACAUCCACCACCUGUUCCGGUAUCUGAACCGACACUGGGUCAAGCGUGAAAUGGACGAGGGCAAGAAAAACAUCUACGACGUCUACACGCUCCACUUGGUCCAAUGGCGUAGGGUGCUGUUCGAAGACGUAUCUGGGAAGGUCAUGGAGGCGGUGUUGAAGCUCGUCGAGAAGCAACGCAAUGGCGAGACGAUCGAGUACGGCCAGAUCAAGCAAGUUGUUGAUUCCUUCGUGUCCCUCGGCCUCGAUGACUCCGAUCCCACCAAGUCGACCCUCGACGUCUACCGCUUCCACUUCGAGAAACCGUUCUUAGAACAUACGAAGACCUACUACCAGAAUGAGUCUAAGCAGUUCGUGGCCGAGAACAGCGUGGUCGAAUACAUGAAGAAGGCUGCUGCUCGUUUACAGGAGGAGGAGGAGCGCGUCAAGAUGUAUCUUCACGCUGAUAUCAUCAAUCCCCUCCGCAAGACUUGUAACCAAGCUCUUAUUGCGGACCACUCCCAGCUCUUGCGAGACGAAUUUCAGGUCCUUCUCGACAACGACAGAGAAGAAGACAUGGCCAGGAUGUACAACCUUCUGUCGAGAAUUCCCGAAGGUUUGGAUCCUCUCCGCCAGAGAUUCGAGACUCAUGUCCGUAAGGCCGGUCUGGGAGCAGUACAGAAGGUGGCAUCGGAUGCAGAGAAGCUGGAGCCCAAGGUCUACGUCGAUGCGCUGUUGGAGAUCCAUUCUCAGUACUCGGGCUUGGUAACGCGAGCUUUCGAAGCCGAGGCAGAGUUUACGAGAUCCCUUGACAACGCCUGCCGCGAAUUCAUCAACAGAAACGAGGUCUGCAAGUCGGGCUCCAACAAGUCUCCUGAGCUGUUGGCCAAGUACACGGAUGUCCUGCUUCGCAAGAGCAGCACCGGAAUCGAGGAGGGCGAGCUUGAGAACACUCUCACGCAGAUCAUGACCGUUUUCAAGUACAUCGAGGACAAGGACGUCUUCCAAAAGUUCUACUCCCGCAUGCUGGCUCGCAGAUUGGUCCACAGUAACUCCUCGUCGGACGAUGCAGAGACAAGCAUGAUCAGUAAGCUUAAAGAGGCGUGCGGUUUUGAGUACACGAACAAGCUCCAGAGAAUGUUCCAGGACAUGCAGACCUCCAAGGACUUGAACGUCAGCUUCAAGGAGCACGUUGCGGGUCUUGGCAUUACCAAGAACGCUCUGGACUCCCAGUACUCGAUCCUGGGUACCGGUUUCUGGCCGUUGACAGCACCAAACACCAGCUUCACUCCACCCGCUGAGAUCAAUGAGGACUGUGAGCGAUUCGCUCGCUUCUACAAGAAUAGGCACGAGGGUCGCAAGUUGACGUGGCUCUGGCAGUUGUGCAAGGGUGAGCUGAAGGCAGGGUACUGCAAGAACAGCAAAACGCCCUACACCUUCCAGGUGUCGGUGUAUCAGAUGGCGAUCUUGCUCAUGUUCAACGACAAGGACAAACACACCUACGAGGAUAUCGCCGGUGUGACCCUGCUGAGCUCUGAGGUCCUGGACCAGGCUCUGGCCAUCCUGCUCAAGGCCAAGGUUCUCAUCAUCUCCCCCGAUGGCAAGCCCGAGGCAGGCAAGAGCUUCAGGCUCAACUACGACUUCAAGAGCAAGAAGAUCAGAGUGAACUUGAACCUCGGAGGAGCCAAGGAAGCCAAGCAGGAGGAAGUGGAGACCAACAAGACGAUCGAGGAGGACCGCAAGCUGUUGUUGCAGUCUGCCAUCGUUCGUAUCAUGAAGGCGAGAAAGAAGAUGAAGCACACGCAGCUCGUCAGCGAAACUAUCAACCAGAUUCGGUCGCGCUUCGUGCCAAAGGUUUCGGAUAUCAAGAAGUGCAUAGAGAUUCUCCUCGACAAGGAGUACUUGGAACGGCUCGAGGAUGACGAGCUUGGAUACUUGGCGUAA